CCCUUUCUUGCACUUUAUGGGUUGCUCUCUGGGAGGGAGGCAGUGUCAGGUUGUUUCUGGUGACCAUUUCAUUCCCUGUGGAGGAACAUCCAGAUUUUGUUGUAUUAUUCUAACCUCCCAGACAAGAUAGGAGCUGAGGAGCCUUGAGACUGAGAGCUACAGCCCCAGCUCUGUUCCCAGCUGCAGCAGUUUGCCCAAAGGAUGGCCCAAGCACCGUGCUGGGGCUGCCUGCCGCCUGGGUUGAAGAAGCUUUCCCGCAGGAAGCAGCUCCCUGCUGGCUCACAGGGCUCCAGCCUCCGCCGCUGCCUCUCCACCGUGGACCUCAUCGCUUUGGGAGUGGGCAGCACGCUGGGGGCUGGUGUCUACGUCCUGGCAGGAGAAGUGGCUAAGACCAGCUCUGGCCCAAGCAUUGUCCUUUCUUUCCUGAUUGCAGCCCUAGUGUCUGCUCUGGCAGGGCUGUGCUACGCCGAGCUCGGUGCCCGCGUUCCCCUGGCCGGGUCUGCCUAUCUCUACAGCUACGUGGCAGUGGGCGAGCUGUGGGCCUUCACUGCUGGGUGGAACCUGCUGCUGUCCUAUGUCAUUGGUACCGCCAGUGUCGCCCGAGCCUGGAGCGCUACCUUUGAGCAGCUCCUUGGCAAGAAGAUGGGCAUGUUUUUGGGUGCUCACCCAGCCAUGAGCUCAGUGGGGCUGGCAGAACAUAUGGAUGCCUUUGCUGCUGGCCUGGUGGUCCUGCUGGCAGUGAGUGGCAUCAUCAAAGGCGACCUGAGCAACUGGAAGCUCAGAAAGGACGACCUGCCACGGGCAGCCACCCAUGAGGCUGGGAACCAGUCCACAUCCAACAACAUGACCAGUGCCUUUGGGGUGGGAGGCUUCAUGCCCUAUGGUUUCACAGGGACCUUGGCUGGAGCCUCUGCCUGCUUCUAUGCCUUCGUUGGGUUUGACUGCAUUGCUACCACAGGGGAAGAAGUGAAGGACCCACAGAGAUCCAUACCCAUAGGCAUUGUCCUCUCCCUCCUCAUCUGCUUCCUGGUGUAUUUUGGGGUGUCUGCAGCCCUCACUCUGAUGAUGCCCUACUACCUCCUGGACACCACAAGCCCACUCCCAGCAGCUUUUGAAUACGUUGGCUGGACCAGUGCAAAGCAUGCUGUGGUUGUGGGCUCACUGUGUGCCCUCACUACCAGCCUCCUGGGCUCCAUGUUCCCCAUGCCCCGGAUCCUGUAUGCCAUGGCUCGAGAUGGGCUCCUCUUCAAACCUCUGGCCCAAGUCAGUCGCCGUCAGUGCCCCGUGGUGGCAACACUGGUGUCUGGAGGAGUGGCAGCUCUGCUGGCCCUCCUCUUGGACCUGCAAGCCCUGGUUGAGACCAUGUCCAUCGGCACGCUGCUGGCCUAUUCGCUGGUGGCUGCCUGUGUGCUGCUGCUCAGGUACCGGCCUGCAUCCAGCAUUCAGGACACUCCUGCAGGGAAGGUCUCAGCUAUGCAGCUCUGGUGGGACCUUCUCGUUCAUCCACCCCAGCAUCCCACCCUAUGUUCCUCUGCUCUGGUGGGCUGGGCUCUGAUAGCUGUGGCUGCUCUGCUCAGUGCCAUGAGUUGGGUGAGUGCUGCUGGACUCUCCUGCCUCCAGGCCAGAGGUGCAUGGUGCAUCACUGCCCUGGCUCUGGCCCUCCUGGGGAUCCUGGUGGCAGCUCUGCUCAUCUGGAGGCAGCCUCAGAGCCGGGAGAGAGCAUCCUUCAUGGUUCCCUGCCUGCCCUUCCUGCCGCUCCUCAGCAUCACCACCAACAGCAUCCUGAUGGCUCGGCUCAGUGCUGCUGCCUGGCUGUGGUACCUGCUCUGGAUGGCCACCGGCUUCCUCAUUUACUUUGGCUAUGGGAUCCGGCACAGUGCUGAGAACCACCGCGAAGAGGCAGCCCCUCAGGAGCUGCUGGGAAGCCCAGCCAGGGAGGUGGCCCCACAGCCCCCCAGGGCUGUGAGGUGCCUACCUGCUCCGGGGCAAUGAAAGGUGACACGCUGGCCCCUGAGUGCUGGGCUACCUCCACCCUGUGCCUGGCCAGCAAGAGGGCCUCUUGGGCUGAAGGUCCCAUCUCAUGGAAGAGCAGAGUCCUGCCAUGAGCCCCGGGAGCUGUUUUGUCCUGAGCCUGGUGAAACCUUCCUGAGCCACCUCAGCCUGCGAGGCAGUCCUCUGCUGGAGGAGUUUUGUUCACGGAGGGUAAAGCAGACAACUGUUUUUA